UGGCGGGCGGUCCCUCCACCAUCUCCGCGGCUGCCGCCUCGGCUUGUGGUGUGGUCGCCGCCGCCCGGCCGCUGGGCCGCUUGAGCAUGAGACCGUGAGGCGAGCGACGGGCCGGGGCCGCCGACAUGUUUGGCCGCUCGCGGAGCUGGGUGGGCGGAGGCCAUGGCAAGUCUUCCCGCAACAUCCACUCCUUGGACCACCUCAAGUAUCUGUACCACGUUUUGACCAAAAACACCACAGUCACAGAACAGAACCGGAACCUGCUAGUGGAAACCAUCCGUUCCAUCACCGAGAUCCUGAUUUGGGGAGAUCAGAAUGACAGCUCCGUAUUUGACUUCUUCCUGGAGAAGAACAUGUUUGUUUUCUUCUUGAACAUCCUGCGGCAGAAAUCUGGCCGCUACGUGUGUGUUCAGCUGCUGCAGACCUUGAACAUCCUCUUUGAGAACAUCAGUCACGAGACCUCACUUUAUUAUUUGCUCUCUAAUAACUAUGUAAAUUCUAUCAUUGUCCAUAAGUUUGAUUUUUCCGAUGAGGAGAUUAUGGCAUAUUAUAUAUCGUUCCUGAAAACACUUUCGUUAAAACUCAACAACCACACUGUCCAUUUCUUUUAUAACGAGCACACUAAUGACUUUGCCCUAUACACAGAAGCCAUCAAAUUUUUCAAUCAUCCUGAAAGCAUGGUUAGAAUUGCUGUAAGAACCAUAACUUUGAACGUUUACAAAGUGGAUAACCAGGCCAUGCUGCACUAUAUCCGAGAUAAAACUGCUGUUCCUUACUUCUCCAAUUUGGUCUGGUUCAUCGGGAGCCACGUGAUCGAACUUGAUAACUGUGUACAGACUGAUGAGGAGCACCGGAAUCGGGGGAAACUGAGUGACCUGGUGGCUGAGCACCUGGACCACCUGCACUAUCUCAACGACAUCCUGAUCAUCAACUGUGAGUUCCUCAACGACGUGCUCACGGACCACCUGCUCAACAGGCUCUUCCUGCCCCUCUACGUGUACUCGCUGGAGAACCAGGACAAGGGAGGAGAACGACCGAAGAUCAGCCUGCCGGUUUCUCUGUAUCUCCUGUCGCAGGUCUUCCUAAUUAUACAUCAUGCACCCCUGGUGAACUCGUUAGCUGAAGUCAUCCUGAAUGGUGAUCUGUCUGAGAUGUACGCUAAGACGGAACAGGACGUUCAGAGAAGUUGUGCCAAGCCCAGCAUUCGGUGCUUCAUUAAACCCACUGAGUCGCUAGAGCGGUCCCUUGAGAUGAACAAGCACAAGGGCAAGAGGCGGGUGCAAAAGAGACCCAACUACAAAAAUGUUGGGGAGGAAGAAGAUGAGGAGAAAGGGCCCGCCGAGGAUGCCCAAGAAGACGCCGAGAAGGCUAAAGGUACAGAGGGUGGUUCAAAAGGCAUCAAGACGAGUGGGGAGAGUGAAGAGAUCGAGAUGGUGAUCAUGGAGCGCAGCAAGCUCCCAGAGUUGGCAGCCAGCACCUCUGUGCAGGAGCAGAACACCACGGACGAGGAGAAGAGCGCCGCCGCCACCGGCUUGGAGAGCGUGCAGUGGAGCAGACCCUUCCUGGAUAUGGUAUACCACGCCCUGGACAGCCCGGAUGAUGAUUACCAUGCUCUCUUCGUGCUCUGCCUGCUCUAUGCCAUGUCUCAUAACAAAGGCAUGGAUCCUGAAAAACUAGAGCGGAUCCAGCUCCCAGUGCCCAGCGCAGUCGAGAAGACCACCUACAACCAUCUACUGACGGAAAGACUCAUCAGGAUCAUGAACAACGCUGCCCAGCCAGACGGGAAGAUCCGGUUGGCGACACUGGAGCUGAGCUGCCUGCUUCUAAAGCAGCAAGUUGUGACCAGCACAGGCUGCAUCAUAAAGGACGUGCACCUGGCCUGCCUGGAGGGCGCGAGAGAAGAAAGUGUUCACCUAGUGCGGCACUUUUAUAAGGGAGAAGAAAUUUUUUUGGACAUGUUCGAAGAUGAGUUCAGGAGCAUGACGAUGAAGCCCGUGAACGUGGAGUAUCUCAUGAUGGACGCCUCCAUCCUGCUGCCCCCAACGGGCACGCCGCUGACAGGCAUUGACUUCGUGAAGCGGCUGCCUUGUGGCGACGUGGAGAAGACCAGGCGGGCCAUCCGGGUGUUCUUCAUGCUCCGUUCCUUGUCCCUGCAACUGCAAGGGGAGCCGGAGACCCAGCUGCCGCUGACGCGGGAGGAGGACCUGAUCAAAGCUGACGACGUCCUGGAUCUGAACAACAGUGACCUCAUCGCGUGCACGGUGAUCACCAAGGAUGGCGGCAUGGUCCAGCGCUUCCUGGCUGUCGAUAUUUACCAGAUGAGUUUAGUGGAGCCCGACGUGUCCAGGCUUGGCUGGGGAGUAGUCAAGUUCGCAGGCCUUCUGCAGGACAUGCAGGUGACUGGCGUGGAGGACGACAGCCGUGCCCUGAAUAUCACCAUCCACAAGCCUGCAUCCAGCCCCCAUUCUAAGCCCUUCCCCAUCCUCCAGGCCACCUUCCUCUUCCCGGACCACAUUCGCUGCAUCAUCGCCAAGCAGCGCCUGGCCAAGGGCCGCAUCCAGGCAAGGCGCAUGAAGAUGCAGAGGAUAGCUGCCCUCCUGGACCUCCCGAUUCAGCCAGCCACCGAAGUCCUGGGGUUUGGUCUCGGCUCCUCCUCUUCCACCCAGCACCUGCCUUUCCGCUUCUACGACCAGUGCCGCCGGGGCAGCAGCGACCCCACAGUGCAGCGCUCGGUGUUCGCGUCUGUGGACAAGGUGCCAGGCUUCGCCGUGGCCCAGUGCAUAAACCAGCACAGCUCACCGUCCCUGUCUUCGCCGUCGCCGUCUGCCAGCGGGAGCCCCAGCGGCAGCGGGAGUACCAGCCACUGCGACUCGGGAGGCACCAGCUCAUCGUCCACCCCCUCCGCCGCCCAAAGCCCGUCAGAUGACCCCAUGACCGCCGAAGAGCCUCAGCCUAACCUUCCCGACCAGUUGGUGAUCGUCAACGCAACGGAAGCAGACACCAGGCCCAGCAAGAGCCUGGCCAGGAGUGGAGACGUGGAGACAGUCAACCUGUCCCCCAGCCUCAUCCCCACCCAGCAGCCCACCAUCUCCCUGCUCUGUGAGGACACUGCCGACACGCUGAGCGUGGAGUCGCUGACCCUCGUCCCGCCUGUCGACCCCCACAGCCUCCGCACCCUCACCGGCAUCCCCCCAACGCACACAGUGGACACAGUGACCCUUGGCGAGGAGGCUGCGCUCCCAGAGCCAGUGGGCCCCAGCGAGUGCUGAGGCAGUGCCCGGCCCCUCCCUCUGUGCGUGUGGCCCUGCUGGUAGGGACCCGGUGCAGCUGGCUGAAGGACACGUCAGGAGCAUCCGAAGUUCUCCACGGCCCCCAAUAACCGUCUCAACCACUGGUCUCUGCGCUCUUUUGCUCCAUUUGAAUUCCUGUUUGACCCUCACCUCUCGGAGAGCAGGCUGGGACUGCUGGAGACACCCCAGCGAACCCAGAUGACCAAGGCAGCCGCCGCGGGGAGGAGGCUGGGCUCUUGGUCUCUGAGCCCGACGGCCCGGGGGUGGCAGGACUCACUGGCACCACGGCCUUCAUCAGCCAGCCCCUCCCCAGUCUCACGGCUCCUCUGCCACCAUCCCCAGUGUGCACGGAAGAAGCGGACAAGGUCACUUUGGGUAGAGAUUUGUAGAAAAGCAAACUUCGAUAAACAUCUCCUUUGGAUAUUUAUUUCUGCUUUUGGCAGCAGAUAAAAAGCAUUUUAUUUAAAAGGCAUCUAUUUAAACAAGAAAAAAGUCCAAAAGAAAAUCCUCAACCCUAAGGUUUGAUGUCGUGUUCAAAGUGUAAUAUUACUGUGAAGAUUUCAUUUUCGCUUUCCCUUGAACUUUCCAGCGUUUUGUUUUAGAGUUCUAGGUCUGGCUUUCUCUGUUUUCUUAAGUGAUUGGUUUUUCUUUAUUACUCACUAACUCUGAAAACCUGUGGAAUGAUAAAGUACCUUCCUGGAAAGUUUAGAUUAUUUUUUAAACGAAAAUAAGGGAGAUACAUGUAUUCUCAGGUACACACCGAGCUGAGAGGGCCAACAGUUUCUCUGCCGUGGCAGCCAAGGGGCCUCGGGUGACCUGAAUGGUCUUUCCAUGAAAGAGGACGGUGCAGUCAGCUCCUCCUCAGGACCCAUCCCUCAUCUCUCUGGGCUAGAACCAAACAGGACAGUUUUCCAGCAUCACCUUCAGUCAUUGCCAUCUCUGUUUGUCUAAGAAAGAACCAUUUGGGACCAUGGAGGCUCUGACCCCAGUGGCCAUGAUGGAAAUCAAAGGCCACGGCAGCCAUCCUCGACUGUGUGUGCGUGCCCGUGUGCAGGGACUGCCCGAGAGCCCGCUCCCGCCCACCUGCGAGGAUGUAACGUCCGAGCUCGUGGAGUCCUCCUGGGAGCUCGGGGUUUGUCGCUCUUCCUCUCGGCUGCUGCAAAGACGCAAGCUUGUUUUUAAAAUGAAAACUGCACGGUUUCUUCUGCAUUCGGGCUGGGUGUGUGUGGGCCCGUUCUCCAACGUAUCCAAUAAAGCCCCCACGAUGUUCCCUUCCACUUAGCCAGGCACAGCCAAGUGACCCUCGCCUCUCUCUGAUCAGUGCUAAGACCUUCCACAACUUUCCUCCAUGUGUGUCCAGCAGGAUGUCAGCACACACAAUGUCAGUGUCAGCCGGCCUGCUUAUUGGGGUGGCCUCCAGAGAUGCUCCGAGUGCUCACCAUCUACUGAAGCCAGAUGUCAGCCUCCCGAAGGAAACAGUGGUCCCCUGGAGGAGACAGAGUGGUGCCAGGUAUCUCCGGUCAUCAGAAGCUCUCCGAGGAGAUGUGCACACCCAGCUUCAACGGAGAAAAGGCCCAGUUCAGAAAGGAGGCCAUUUAAGCAGAAAUUCUGGGGGCCCCAGCAAGGAGGGACAAGUCGUGACCAUCAGCAGAGGCCCCCCAGGAAGGAAAGGCAGGGGGGACGGAAGAAGGGGGAGGACAGCCAUGGGGAGAAAAGGCAUGUCGUCGGGGUCAGGGCGCCCCCCGCCCCGGGCGGCUAGCCGUGUUCUGCGUGAUCUGCUGCUUGGAUACAGGAGCGGGCCCGCCCCAGAGCCGGGCACUUCUGGUUUUGAAAUGACUCUGGAGCAGCAGAAAUGAGAGAAGGAGUCUGACCUCCCAGCCCGCUGGCAUUACUGUGAGGAGUAAGCCUGUGCGGGUGGACCCAGGCCCUCCCCAGGGACCAUCAGCCGGCCGUUUGAAAUCAGUGGCUCCAAGUGGCUUCGUGGCCACCAGGCACUACAGGAGGAAGGUCUUGGGCAGAGGGCCAGCGUGUCCGGAGAACCUGCAGCAGCACUGCCGAGGCAGGGGAGCUGAACGCAGCCCAGCCUCCGUGGGCCAUUGAAUGAAAGGUGCCAGUCAGGCCAAGCUUCUGCCCUGUGCCCCUGGCCAAGGGCUGGCCUCUCCCGGGCAGGCAUGGGCUCUCAGGGUUUGUCCCGAAGCAUCACUGCAGCCAGGCUCCCCGGGGGAGCCCACAGCCUGCGGGCAGCUCGCCUCACAGGGCGCCUUAAGGUGUGUGGGUGGGGACUUUCUUUGCAGGGGCUCCCAGACCGCUUGCUGGUGAGGAGGAGGGGCACGUGUCCUGUGCUGGGAGGUCUGGGUUCUGGAGGAGGUGGGCAGCCGUCUUGGCUCUGAUGAAGGACCUGCCUCAUUAGUUCUUGGCCGUCUUGGUGGCAGUGGGCAUGGCUCUGUCUUCAGGAGCCCCCCGCAACACAACGUAACAGCAGCGGCACCCCCAGGCAGGCCAGUCCAGACAGAGCACCAGGUCUCUGGGGUUGGGCCGGGAGAGGAAGAGCCAGGAACCCUUGGAGAGCCCGGAGCGGGAGCCAUGGCCUCUGACACGUGGUCCUAGACUCAGAUCUCUGGGGUCAGCCUCCGAAAGCCAUCCAGCCUGCCAUCUCCGUGUCCCUACAGAGAGACGGGCCAGGCCCACCCUCCCAAAGCCCACAUUGGGCCCGCUGGGUUUGCCCAGUUAGGGGCAGAGUUGGCCACCUAACCCCCCAAACCUCGGCUUUGAAAUCUGCUGUGGAGAAACACAUGUCCUUUCCAGUUUGGGAGCUUCAGUGAGCAAGGGCACCUCUUCCCGAAGGCCAGCUGGGGUGAGGCCAGGAGCCCCCCCGGGAGGAGCAGGGGGCCAGCCCCAAAGCCACAGCGAGAAUGUGGGGCAGAUGCCCCCAACCAGGGAGGGGUGGGAGGAGGGUCCUCCCGCCACCAGCAGGCUGUCUGCUACCCUUUCCCCCCCAUCCAGCCUAUCCCGCUUGCUGCUCUCUGCAGAAGGCAGCCUCCCCACCUGGACUCCUGCCUUAACAGCGACCCAGCAGGUGAGUGAAGACGUGCACCUCUUUGAAGACAUACGCUAGAUUUCUCUAGGUCUCAAGAUGCACUGUUAAAAGACGCACGGAGUGAACGGAUUCUCAUCUUCUUUUCUAGAUGCAAUAAAUAAGAAAUAUUUAAUGCAGUUAUGUUGACACCGGGCAUAAACUGUAAGGUUUCCUUAUCUUCUGAGCUAUGAAACUAUGUCAGUAAUCCUGUCCCAGGAGGAGCGGGGGUUGGGAAACCUCAUGCUUCUGGGCCACGGGACCCUUCCAGGGAAGUACCUGCUCUUGCCAGCGUGACUCAUGCUUCGUGGGUACUGAACAUGAGGGUGGAAAUGAAAACUGGAACUUCCUUGUAAAUUUGAACUUGGCAAUAAAAGAGAAAGAAUUACCAA